AAAAACUAGUUUUAAUUCAGUUUUUAUCGGUUGUAGGACAUUAAAAGUGGCCGAGGGUUGAUAAAUAACUGUUUUUGUUGUUUUUGUUUUUGCUUAGUGAGAUUUUUUUAAUAUCUGCUAACACUUUAAUAUCUGCUAACCCCCUCUGUUCAUGGAGGUUAGCUAACGAUAGCUGACUUUUAGCUUGUGGGGGUAGCAUCAUGUCACAACAUGAGCUGGCUCUGGACACUGGACAGGGUAACGGAGCUGUCAGCGAGGGGAGACGGAGCAGAAGUCGACUCGGGCUGGUCGUCACCGGUGUUGUUGGAGGGUCGCUGGUCGCUCUUUACGCGGUGGCCGCUCCGUUUGUUGCCCCUGCCCUCAGAAGAGUCUGCCUCCCGUUUGUUCCAGCCACCACGGCUCAGGUGGAGAACGUCCUCAGGGUGCUGCGGCCCAGAACGGGGACUCUGGUGGACAUCGGAAGCGGAGAUGGAAGGAUAGUAAGUGUGAUCGCAGCAGCAAAGUGUGGAUUUCAGGCUUCUGGUUUGGAGCUGAACCCUUGGUUGGUUUGGUAUUCUCGCUACAGGGCCUGGAGAGAAGGCGUCCACCGCUCCACCUCCUUUCACAUCUCAGAUUUGUGGAAGGCUAGCUUUGCUCAGUAUUCCAAUGUGGUUAUUUUUGGCGUUCCUCAAAUGAUGGAUCAGCUAGAGGUCAAGCUGGCAAAUGAGCUGCCAAGUUCAGCCAAGGUGGUUGCCUGCCGCUUCCCCUUUCCCACAUGGGUCCCUGAAAGCAGUGAGGGGGAAGGCAUAGACACCGUGUGGGUGUAUGACGCCAAAACAUUUCACUCAGAUCUGCACAGAAACCGGGCCAAACAUUGUUAGAACAACAAUGAUCUCACCCAUACUGAUGAAAUCAUUCAGUGUUUCCUAAAGCUCCCAGAUUUUAUUUAUUUUUUUGUUAUUUGCAGAAGUAUACUUUAAAUUAGCUGCCCACAGCAUCCCUAUCCAAAAUUGCUCUAUGAAGAAAAUUAGAUUACAUGGGUAAUUUGUAUUUCCCUUUGGGAUAAAUAAUGUAUUUUUGAAAUGAUUUAUCUUGUGUUCAAAACGAGACUCUCUAAAUCAAACAUGGUGAUGGUAAGUUGAGAGAGCUAUAUUUCUCACAGCAACAGAGAGUGCUACUCUCGUUAAUGCUUGUAUAAUUUGUUGGGUUUGUGUGUAUUUAAUAAAAAUAAAUGCUGUAAUGUAA